UCUUUCCCUAUUUGUCAGGUGUCAAUCCAAGGAAACAGCGUCGGGAGCGGACUACGUUUACUAGAGCUCAACUGGACGUUCUGGAAGCCCUCUUUGCCAAAACGAGAUAUCCGGACAUUUUUAUGCGAGAAGAGGUGGCUCUAAAAAUCAAUCUUCCUGAAUCGAGGGUCCAGGUUUGGUUCAAGAACCGUCGGGCAAAAUGUCGACAGCAAUUGCAGCAACAACAGAACAAACCUUCACCUAGAACGCCGACAACACCAACGAAAGCUAAGGGUAGCAAGCCCUCGCCCGUGAUACCAGUGACAAGUUCUACAACGACCAAUAACAUACCCCCCACGCCCUCUUCGUCGGUAUCACCUUCUUCAACGACCAUCAACAUCAAGAAGGAAUCUCCUCAAUUAUUGAACACUUAUCGCAGCACCAACGGAAACGUGACACCCGUCGGAAGCAACACGAGCAGCGUGAUAGCGACUCCGUCACCUCCGAUAACGCCAUCGAGUAACACAUCGCUCUCUUAUCAGCACGAUUCUUUCAACACAUUCAAUUGGCACACAAACGGACACAGUCCGCCACCUCAUCAUUAUUACGGGCAAAAUUACAACGCCGCCUAUUACAGCCAAAUGGAAUAUUUCAAUCAACAGAACGGACAAAAUCAGAUGCAAAUGGGCAACCACAUGGGUGGCGCUUAUCAAAUGGGCAGCUACUCGAUGACCAUGGGUAUGAGUGCCGGACACCAUCAGAACUUCAGUCCGAGGCAUCCGGACUGCAGUCUCGACUACAUGAACCAAAUGGUUUAGCCGGUAAGACUUACCGCUGCUGUCGUAUCUCGUUUUAUUUAAAUUAUUAUUAUUGUCUUGGACGACACGCGCCAUAUCAUCCACCUUCUUUUUAUGUUCUUUAACGCUAUGUAUCUACUCACAUGGAUACUUAUAUUAUCAUAAAAUGAUUUUUAUUAUUAAUAUUAUUACCUAUACAUAAUAAUAUCGUAUUAUGUAAAUAAGUGACAAUGUAAUUGAAAUGCUGACAAUGCAAGUGUUAGUACAAACAAAAUGUGUGUGAGUGCAUGUGAGCAUGCCGUUGCGUUGUAUGUGUCUGUGUACAUAAUAGGUGAGUAUAUGUAACAUGCAUGCAUAUCAGCAUUCACAACCGAUUGUGAAACACACGUAACUAAGCAAUAUACAGGAGCGCGGAAAUCGUGUCCAAGAUGUACCAUUGAAAAUAUUUUUUUUAUUAUUUUUUUAUUACUUACUCUAGCCGUAAGUUGAGCAUACCUAAGCCAAAUUUUUUAAUUAAAUUCGGAAAAAUUUUCAAUCCAGAGAAUAGUCAUACCCAGGUAGGUGCGGUAGGUACUUUUUCGCAACUGUAUAUUACUUAUACUGUGAUAGAGUGAUGUGCGAAACUUGAACCCUUUUUAUAUGUAAAUACAAAACAAAUCAGUGAACUAAUUAUUGAGCCUAAAUGUAUUAUACGUAGUCGAUAAUUAUUAUUAUUAUUAUUAUUAAGGUGAUGACGAGUAAAUGUACAUAAUAUACAUAUAUGUAUUAACUUCACUGUAUAGCAAGAGUAACAAAGUCUAUACACCCUCAUAGACGACAGUAUGUUUUAUAUUUUAUUUACUUUUCCCUUUAAUUAUUGUUAUUAUGUUGUCAUUGAUUAUUCCUUGUCCGACUAUUAAAAUUAUGUGUCAAUUUGAAAUUUAUUAUUAUUUAUUAUGAACAAAAAAUAGUUCAACUUUCGAUUCCCGAACUAUAAGUAACGUAUAAAUAAAUAGAUAUUACUAAAACUUAUAAAUUACCUCAGUCUUCUAUUAGGGAAAUAGAACCAGUUUCUACAAAUAUUGGUCGAAUGUAAUGCAAAUG